CACUCCAUUACUCGCCCCCCUUUCAGGACCACCACUCUCCUUCACAAACCCACUCUCUCCGACCUUUCUCGAAUCUCAUCUUCUCCGGCGACCUCCUCAUCGGAAGAUGAAUUUUCCGAUCGCACUCCCAUUCAGAUCAGGACUUGCCGUUUUCUUCUGCAAUCAUCGUCGCCAUGUUUUUUACGAAAAAUCUCUGAGAUAACCCUCCUCCCUUUUCCUUUCCCUAUUUUCUCUACUUCCUUCUUGCUCCAGCAUUUUUCCAGAAGUGUCUUCUCUUUCGGCCUUCGUAUGUACAUUUUUGCGGUGGUUUUUUCCCUUUCGAUCGCUUCACGGCUAUUCUGUGCGUGGAGUAGCUGACCAGUGGGCGUGGAGCGAUUAGUGGAAGCGUGUCAUUGAUUCCGUUUUGUUCUUCAUUUUUUGAGUCUAAAGUUUUAGAGUGGGAGAUUCUGAAUGUACAUGCAACUAUCUGGAGUUCAUUUCUCUGAUUUUUCUCUGUGAUUUCGGUUUUGUGAAUUUCAAUGAACUCGAGCUGCACAGAGUAGAGAUUUAGUAGGUGUAGUUUGGGAAUUUCAGACCGGAGCAAAUCUGUAUUGCAAUUUUUUUUCUCUUUUAAAUUUCGGAACUUUCUCGACGGAGCAGAAAAUUUUCUGUUUGUUUCUUUUCGGUAAUGAAGAUCCAACCGAUUGAUAUCGAUGUUCAGACGGUGAGAGAACAGGUUCGUCCUGAAUCGGCCAAGCCUCUGUUAAAAUCGCGACUGAGGCGGCUUUUCGAUCGGCCGUUUCCGAGCGUUCUGAGAAGCUCUGCGGUUGAGAAACCGAUUAUUGUUGGUGAACCAGCUCAGUUUAGCAGCAAAGAUGGAGGAGGAGGGACCGAGUUCGAGCCGAGCUCGGUUUGCUUAGAUAAGAUGGUGCAGAAUUUCAUCGAGGAGAGCAACGAGAAGCAACCGGCAGCUGUCAAGUAUGGCCGCAAUCCCUGCAAUUGCUUCAACGGCAAUAGCAAUGACAGCUCCGACGAUGAAUUCGAUGUAUUUGCGUGUUUUGGUGAAUCGAUCACCUCCGGAUCAUCCGGUGGCGAUGUAUGUGAUAUCCUCAAGGGUUUAAUCCCUUGCACGAGCGUUACGGAGAGAAAUCUCUUGGCAGAUGCUUCGAAAAUCAUCGAAAAGCAUAACAAAAUUUAUAAACGGAAAGACGAUUUACGCAGAAUCGUAACCGAUUCCCUCUCAUCUCUUGGUUACAGUUCUUCCAUCUGCAAAUCCAAAUGGGAGAAAUCCCCCUCCUUCCCAGCUGGUGAAUACGAAUACGUGGAUGUGAUUCUGAAUGGAGAACGAUUGCUGAUAGACAUCGAUUUUAGAUCCGAAUUCGAGAUUGCUCGUUCGACGGGAACAUAUAAAGCGAUUCUUCAGACGCUACCGUACGUCUUCGUCGGGCAAUCAGAACGUCUCAGACAAAUUGUAUCCAUCGUAUCGGAAGCCGCGAGCCAGAGCCUGAAGAAGAAAGGAAUGCAUUUUCCGCCAUGGAGGAAAGCCGAGUACAUGCUUGCUAAAUGGCUCUCUCCUCCGAUCAAAACCACUGACUCUCUCCCCAACGCUCCUCCGAGGGCCGAACCCGAAGAAUCCAAAAACGACCCGCUGGCAACCGACACCGAUUGCGGUGAAUUCGAGUUGAUUUUCGGCGAGGAAUCGGUGUCAAUCGAGUCCGCAACCACCAGCGAUCCCGAAUCGCUAUCGCAGACGUUAAUCUCCGGCGAAAAUGAACCGGCAACGGGGAGCGGUUCUCCGUGGCAACCCCCUGCGAUCAAGCCAAAGAGAAUAGAUAAAGGAGCUAAGAUAGUCACCGGAUUAGCUUCCCUUCUCAAAGAGAAAUCUUGAGAACGAAAAAAAAAUAAAAAAGUUUUGGUUUUUUUUUUUUUUUAUUUCUG